UCAUAUGUGGUUCCAGCCGUCUUUUUUUUUAAUACAGCUCUGGUUUACGCCGGUUAAUUAGAAAGAAAAGUUAGCUAGUAUUUUCUAUUAAUGUAUAAUGAUGGCGUUAAUAGAAUCGAGUUCCAAUGAUAUGGUUGAUGCAAACGAAAAAGCUUCUGUUCAUCUAUCGAGGAAGCUUAAUAAACUUUUAGAAGCUCGCCUGGAUACAGACAAAGAAACUUUAGACGCUCUUAGAGAUCUUUCGACCUUUUUUACUGAAAACACUAUAAAAAACAGAAGAAACUUGCGCAGUGAAAUCGAAAAGAGGAGUCUGAAAGUGAAUGAAGAAUUUUUAGAUUCGUUCCGUGAUAUGAAAGAGGCUCUAGACAGUUUAUAUGAAGAUGUAGCUGCAAUGAAUGAAUGUUGUUGUGAUAUGAUGAAUCGCUUAAAAUCUACAAAGGCUCAAACUCAUGACCUUAUCAAUGAGACAACUAAACUUCAAGCCGAAAGCCAAAAAAUUCAAAUGAAGCAAGAAGUCACUCAAGCAUUCUUGGACACUUUCCAUUUAAAAGCAGAUGAAAUAAAAGUUUUGAGAGGGACUCGUGAUGGAGGAUUGGAUGAAAAUUUCUUCAGUGCCCUUGCUAAAGUUAAAAAAAUUCAUAAUAACUGCAAAGCUCUUUUAAGAAGCAGUCAACAGACAGCUGGAAUUGAAAUAAUGGAAUCAAUGGCUUUGCAACAAGAGGCUGCUUAUGAAAGACUGUACCGGUGGACUCAAAGUGAGUGUCGAUUACUAAAUGUAGAAGUACCAGAAAUAAGCAAUCUCCUUAGCCAAUCAAUGGAAAGCUUGCAAGAUCGUCCUGUUCUCUUUAAAUAUUCUUUGGAUGAAUAUUCAAAUGCAAGAAGAGCUGCAGUAGUAAGAUCUUUUAUAGAUGCUCUUACAAGAGGAGGCUCAGGUGGAACUCCUCGACCAAUAGAAAUGCAUUCUCAUGAUCCCUUACGAUAUGUUGGUGAUAUGUUGGCAUGGCUUCAUCAAACAACUGCUUCAGAAAAAGAAAUUCUACAAGCUCUAUUGAAAAAAUGCUUCAUUAAAGAUCUUGAAAGUGAGAUCCAAGUUUCUUUGGCUCAUAUUACUGAAGGACUAUGUAGACCCCUCAAAGUUCGAGUUGAGCAAGUUUUGAUGUGUGAACAAGGAGCUGUAAUACUUUUUAAGCUUGGCUCAAUUUUAAAAUUUUAUUUGCACACAAUCAGGCAGGUCAUUAAUACUGAAGCUGCACUAUUAAACACUUUGGAAGAAAUGCAUAUUUUGUCCCAAAAAAUGUUUUACAACAGUUUGACUUGCCAUUGCAACAAGAUUUUGGAAAAAAUAGAGAUUCCUCCUGCAGAUUUAGGACCACCUGAAGCAUUAAAGCAAACUCUUUCUCUGCUUCGUGAAGUACUUUCAUGUCAGGAUGCUUGUCUUGUGUCCAUUGAUGAUCGGCAAAGAGAUGUCCCUCAGAUUUUGUCAACAAUUGUGGAUCCAUUACUUCAAAUGUGCCAUGUGUCUGCUUCUAAGCUCGCUAGUGCAGACAUGGCUACUUAUCUUGCUAACUGCAUUUACAUGAUUCACUCCACACUUAUGCUUUUUGAAUACACAGACCAACAAUUGGAGAUGCUACAAGCACAAAUAGAUGCUCAUCUUGAUACCUUGGUUAGUGAGCAAGCUUCCACAAUUGUUGGACAACUUGGACUAGGAGCUUUGUACACAUCAUUGCAAGAUUUUCAGCCGAAGCAAGGACCUCUCUCUUCUCUUCCUGGAUGUGAUGCAUUAGCGAUACAGACUGCUGUUAAAAAGUUAGACACUUUCCUUACAGCUCCUGAUUCCUUGACAAUACCACAAAGUAUAUUGUUAAUGUCUGCAUCAUUAAGACAAACAUUGCGAAAACGCUCAAUGGAAUUGCUGUGCAAUGCUUACAGUCAAAUCUAUGAAGCUGUUCACUUACCUAGCAAUAGCUACAUGGAUCCAUUGUUAUUGCUCCCUCGAACUCCUGAGCAAGUGAAAACUCUGCUUGUAUAAAGUCAUAUAUAUGUCAUCAGUAACUGGAAUUAUAAUAUUUGUUGGUUAUAA